AUGAGCUCGCUCAAGCAGAAUCUGCCUUUUAUGGACCGAAAUAAAGGAAUUAUGGACACUGACAGAGGAUUCCCAGCCGGGCUUGCGCGAUCGAAAGCGCCUGGAUUCGGCUUUUCAGAAAAGAGUUUUGAAUUGAACGGUCCACAGAUUGCUUGCGUCAUUGGACAACCGCAGCAGCAUCAUCCCAAAGCCGAAGAGAUAAUGCCAGUGAAUGAAGCAUCCUGGAACGAAAAGCAGGAGAAAUUGUUCUGGGCCCGAGCUCCCACUGCAUCUCAGCCAUCACUUCUGGCUCCAUCGCAGUCUCAGAAACCAGGUAUUUUUGCGCACUCAGUAGACAUCUUUUUUCGUCGACGUUUUUCAUGUCUGUCUAGGUUCUGUCAGAAUGAGUGA